AUGCUGAGCGGAGCGGCUGGGGCUGCGCGGCGUGGUGGAGCAGCGCUCGCUCCCUCGCUCGCUCGCAGGGACACACGCAGGGGCUGACAGCUGUGCUGGUGCUGAUAAGGGAAGCCACAAGGAGACGAUCGAGGAGAGAGACAAGCGGCAGCAGAGGCAGCAGCGGCAGAGGCAGCACCAGGGCUGCGGAGCUGCUGGGAGUGGGAGUGACUCCCCCACCUCGGGCCCCCACCCUGUCCCCAUCCUCCUCCCGCUUGCCCUGAGUUUAGAAGAGCAGCCGCUGUCACCACCGCCACUCCGGAGGGCACCAAGGCUGCUGGCCAGGGAGGGACAGGGGCAGGGAGGCUUUGGCCAGUCCCAGCAGCCAGGGACAGAUGCCGAUCGAGAUUGUGUGCAAAAUCAAAUUUGCUGAGGAGGAUGCGAAACCCAAGGAGAAGGAGACAGGGGAUGAGCAGAGCCUCCUGGGAGCUGCUCGGGGGGCAGCAGCCCCCCGGGACCUGGCCACCUUUGCCAGUACCAGCACUCUGCAUGGGCUGGGCCGGGCCUGUGGCCCAGGUCCCCACGGACUGCGCAGGACCCUGUGGGCACUGGCCCUACUCACCUCGCUGGCUGUCUUCUUAUACCAGGCGGCCGGCCUGGCCCGGGGCUACCUGACCCGGCCUCACCUGGUGGCGAUGGACCCCGCUGCCCCAGCCCCAGUGGCGGGCUUCCCGGCUGUCACCCUCUGCAACAUCAACCGCUUCCGGCAUUCGGCACUCAGCGAUGCUGACAUCUUCCACCUGGCCAAUCUGACAGGGCUGCCCCCCAAAGACCGGGACGGGCACCGUGCCGCCGGCCUGCGCUAUCCGGAGCCUGACAUGGUAGACAUCCUCAACCGCACUGGCCACCAGCUUGCCGACAUGCUCAAGAGCUGUAACUUCAGUGGGCAUCACUGUUCCGCCAGCAACUUCUCCGUGGUCUACACUCGCUAUGGAAAGUGUUACACCUUCAACGCGGACCCGCAGAGCUCACUGCCCAGCCGGGCAGGGGGCAUGGGCAGUGGCCUGGAGAUCAUGCUGGACAUCCAGCAGGAGGAGUACCUGCCCAUCUGGAGGGAGACAAAUGAGACAUCAUUUGAGGCUGGCAUCCGGGUGCAGAUACACAGCCAAGAGGAGCCGCCUUACAUCCACCAGCUGGGGUUUGGCGUGUCCCCAGGCUUCCAGACCUUUGUGUCCUGCCAGGAACAACGGAUGACCUAUCUGCCCCAGCCAUGGGGCAACUGCCGGGCAGAGAGUGAGCUCAAGGAUCCUGAGCUUCAGGGCUACUCGGCCUACAGUGUGUCUGCAUGCCGUCUGCGCUGUGAAAAAGAGGCCGUGCUUCAGCGCUGCCACUGCCGGAUGGUGCACAUGCCAGACUCCCUGGGUGGGGGCUCCGAGGGCCCGUGUUUCUGCCCUACCCCCUGCAACCUGACCCGCUACGGGAAAGAAAUCUCCAUGGUCAGGAUUCCCAACAGGGGCUCAGCUCGGUACCUGGCAAGGAAGUACAACCGCAACGAGACCUACAUACGGGAGAACUUCCUGGUCCUAGACGUCUUUUUUGAGGCCCUGACCUCUGAAGCCCUGGAGCAGCGGGCAGCCUAUGGCCUGUCAGCCCUGCUGGGAGACCUCGGGGGACAGAUGGGCCUAUUCAUCGGGGCCAGCAUCCUCACGCUGCUGGAGAUACUCGACUACAUCUAUGAGGUGUCCUGGGACCGACUGAAGCGGGUGUGGCGGCGGCCAAAGACCCCUCUGAGGACUUCCACUGGGGGCAUCUCCACUUUGGGGUUGCAGGAACUGAAGGAGCAGAGCCCCUGCCCAAGCCGGGGCCGUGCUGAGGUUGGAGGGGCCAGCAGCCUGCUCCCCAACCACCACCACCCCCAUGGCCCCCCAGGAGGUCUCUUUGAAGACUUCGCCUGCUAG